ACCUGCCGCCUCUGUUGCCCCUGUCGCCAUUUAAUUUGAUCGACGACGGGCGGGUCAACCUGCGGGGCAACGGUUUGACUUACCGCUCGGUCAACGGUGUGUUCCUCCUUAUCAACUGGUCAACUGUCAUACGACAGCGGGCGGGCUGGGCGAGGUUGGAGAAGAACGGGUCUGUGUUUGACGGCGAUGGCGGACGUAAUAGGCGCUGUGUACCAAGUGUCGGCUGCCGGGAUCGCGAUGGAGGUGGGCAAUGGCGCGAGGCUGUCGUGCUCGUGCCUGGGGGAGAAGGGACUUCGCCAGGCGGCUGCCACGUCACUCCCUGGCAGCUCGGUUUGUCGUUUAGCGCCGACAUCUUUGUCAUUCGCCGGCGGCGUUCACGACGAGAGAAGAUUCUGCGAUCGGAGCAGCCGCCUUUUUCUCCCUCAUCGUGGGCAGGAAGUGCGUGAGCGGCGGCUAUGGCAGUGGGCAUUACGGUCUCCUCUGAGAAGAGGACUUGGAGUUGUCCCCGAUGGGGCGCUCCGUUCCCGCCAAGCUUUCCGCUUGCCACGUGGCGGGAGUUGGAGCCUCCGCAGAUCGACGUCCACGAUGAAGCAGACGAGUGCGGUUCUCGGCCAGCCGAUCGAUCCAGCAACCAAGGCGGUCGGGAUCGGGAUCGGGAUCGAGUCGGACAUCGAUCUGGGCGGCCAAGAGGAGGACAUGGGCUCGGUGAAGAGAAGGAAGGCGGCGCCCGUGAUGGGAAAGCCUACGACCACGAGUCAGGCGAAGAAACCUGCGUGGUUGCGACAAAGAGGAGCGCAGGGAUCCCGAUACGAGACGCUGAAGGAGUCGCUGCACGAUCUGAAGCUGCACACUGUUUGUGAGGAGGCCAAAUGCCCAAAUAUUGGGGAGUGCUGGAAUGGUGGUGGAGGUGCAGGUGGAGAGGGGGAUGGGAUCGGGACCGCAACAAUCAUGCUGCUAGGGGAUACCUGCACGAGAGGCUGUCGUUUCUGUGCUGUUAAUACGAGCCGUACGCCUCCACCUCCGGACGAUAUGGAGCCAGAGAAUACGGCGCGGGCCAUUGCGCAGUGGGGUGUCGGCUACGUGGUGCUGACGAGUGUGGAUAGGGAUGACCUCCCAGAUGGGGGAAGUACACACUUUGCGCGCACCGUCAGCACUCUGAAGGCACUGCGACCAGAUAUUUUGGUGGAGUGUUUGACUCCAGACUUCCGGGGAGAUUUGGAGGCUGUGCAGUGUGUAGCACUGUCUGGGCUUGAUGUAUUUGCGCACAACAUUGAAACUGUCAAAAGACUGCAGCGAAUCGUCCGAGAUCGUAGAGCCGGGUAUGAGCAGACGAUGAAGGUGCUAAAGCAUGCAAAGGGUGUUCGCGAAGGAAUGGUGACGAAGUCUAGCAUUAUGCUAGGCCUUGGGGAGACGGAUGAAGAAGUGAAGGAGACGAUGAAAGACCUUCGUGACGUUGGCGUGGACAUCCUGACGCUUGGGCAGUACCUGCAGCCGACACCAGUCCACCUUACAGUCAAAGAGUACGUCACACCAGAGAAGUUUGCCUGGUGGAAAGACUAUGGAGAAUCAAUCGGCUUUCGCUAUGUUGCUAGCGGCCCCCUGGUGCGUGUUCGUUAAAAGUUUAUGUCGAUCCCCACACCCCACACCCUACACGCCACCCCACAACUACUUCUCCUCCAUAGCUAGUGGCCCCCUAGUGCAUGUCUGUUGAAAGUUUAUCUUGAUUCCCCACACCCGACACCCCACACUCAGCAUCACAUCAUGUUAUGUAGCUUAUGUUCAAUUAUACUCCUGCCUCCCCUCCAUAUCUGCCAUCACUCUUCUUCCACUUGUCUUGUGCCUGUGCUAAGGCUAUAGCUUGUGCGCGUCCUGCAUAUUGUUCU